AUGCUUGCCCCUUUGGAAAACCUUAAGGCUCACAAGGUGCAGAUGAUUGCUAAAGCCAAGGACUGGGCAGAACAGCUUAGACCCAACCUUCUUCACAAACAUGAUGUUCUUCCCCUCAUUUGGUCGACCAUCAUGAAGAAAUUGGAGUAUCCAAUGGCGUUAGCAACCCUGGAUGCCCAGCAAUGGACAGACAUUAUGUCUCCUGUACUUCAGGUGUGCCUGCCAAAGGCUGGUGUUUGUUGUAAUUUCCCUCGGGACGUCGUGUUUGCCCUGCUGUCCUAUCAGUGUCUGGGACUCCCACAUCCGUUUGGUUGUCAAGUGCUGAAGCAUUUCGAGAUGUUGCUCCGACAUCUGGCCAACAGGACCAAGACUGGUGACUACAUGGAGGCCACCUUCCAAGCCCACCAACUUGAAACGGGGACAUCCUUUGGAAUCUUGCAGCAAGCCUACAACAACACGGCGAUCUUAGCUUCCGACACAUGGAUGAAACGAGUAUGGCAUAGACUUGAGGGUCUGGACAUCUAUGUUGCCUGCGACUCCCCAGCUCUAUCACAUCGCUGCAUGGACGACUCCCUCCAGGGGGAUCUCUUCAUAAACUUGGAGGUCGAUCAAGAUGAACUCCUGUGGCUCAAUUGGUGCCGAAUGUUUCUCCAGGAUCAGAGCCCAUACCAAAGCAAACUCAUUGGUCUGUUGGUCGAUAUCAUGGCGGUUGAUUGGCUCCUUCAGCAAUGGCCUCCAAACCUUUCGACAUGCCCCAAGGUCCGGAUUGCUUGUGAAGAUCUCUCUUUUGAAAAUCAUCCACUUUCCCCAAUGGACGCCCGGUUUGACUUGGUUUCAUCCAUUAGGGAAGCUAUCCUCUGGUCCUCUGUGGAUUGGUCGCCCCAGCACGUGUAUUGUUAG